CAAAACGACUUAUUUCCUUUCGGGCUCAUUCACGGAAGCUUUAGUUGAUUCGGCGGUCCGUAUUCCGUCCGCAUUCUCAAGCAUGGACCAACGAGUGAUAUUCAAAGUGACCAUUCCUCCGGAGGAAAUACUCGCGACGCGGUUGCUCAUCUGCCAGGUGGACGGUUGCACCGAACGGUUCUCCAAUGCGUCCCAUCUCCAGAUGCACCUGGCCAGGCAUCAUCGGCUGACGGUCCCAUCAGUACCGAUCGGCGACGACGAUCACGAGCACGUGAGGCAUUUCCACUGUCCGGUGGAGUCCUGUGUUUACCACCUCGCUGCCAGCGGGGAGAAAUUCUUCAGUUCGUUUCGGUACCUGAAGCAGCAUUUUCUGAAAGUUCACUCGGUGAAGAAUUUUGUCUGCCACGUUUGCGAAGGCCAGAAAUCGUUCGCGACCGAGGCACUUUUGCGGGCACACCAGGCGAACUGUGGCCAAUCAUUCAUUUGCAAGGUUUGCGGUUUCGGCUACGGAAGUCGAGAGGCUCUGCUGACCCAUGCCAAAAGAAAGAAUCACAAUUAUGAGGAAGUUCUGGCCAGUAAGGCGAGUAAACGAAAGUCGAAGUCAAAUUCAAAUGACGUAGCUGUGAAGGUGGUUAGAGAACAGAACUCAAAAUCAAUUCAAAUUCAAACCGAAAGGCUUGAACCAGAGGAUACGAGUAAAACGAUCAGAAAAUCUCAAACAACCCAAACAGAUAGUCUCGCCCUGGAACACACUGAAAAGACUGAGUGUUCCACGCAGACUGCGCACUCUAGUCAGGGCUCAUUGGAGUUCACCAGCACUUCAACGAUGGACAGCUACUGCCAGACAAAUCUGGAACAGUUCAACUAUUUCGAAGAUAACAGUCUUACUUGCUUCGGCAAUGCGUCCAAUCCUCCACUACCAUCGGAAUCGGUCACAUGCGUCUGCACUGAGACGCAAACCGAUCAGAUCUACGACGAAAUGUUCCCCAACGAGGACCGGUCGGAUCCGAUGCUGUACUCGCACAUGUACACCCAAACCUGUGGGGAUAUCUUUUCCGACCUGGCUCUGGCCACGAUCGAGACCCAAACCAACUGGGACGAUGGGGGAGGAUUGGGGGAGUUCCUGGUUUCGACUGAAACGCAAACCAAUCUAAAUCAUAGUGGCCAGGGGUCCGGCUCCGGAUCCGGAAACACCACCAGUGCCGACCAGAGGAUUUCCUCCAUUCAGACGCAAACCUCGGCCCACAGCAUGGAGUUCCUGAAUGCCAUCAGCUCGGAGAGCAACUCGAUCCAUACGCAAACUUCCUGAUAUUGUACCGACGAGGACGACUAUCGGGUGGAUUUCUAUGGCGGGCUAAACUGACCGUAGGACGUGAUAUAAGGUGAGUGUUUUAAUCUUUCUGUGUUACUUGAAUAUUCUAAUCCAAAAAAAGCGAAUUUGAUAGUUUAUGUUGGUACCGACCGAAUGUUGUUUAUCUCAAAAACCUUGCCUUUGUCUGUUUAUGUCGAAUGCACACGAUCUCAAUUACGUAAAAGAACAUUGAUCAAUAAUUGGCUUCUUUAGUGGUGUUGAGAUAAUUCCAUAUUCACAAUCUACAUGCCAAACUGAGCCGAAAUCCAAAUUUUCAUGAACUUUGGUGCCCGGGAACCUAUUUAAAAAUCGAUUUAAAGUUUGUAUGGGAGCGAUUUGUCGAAUCACCCCUCGUCGCAUUUCGUACUGGGCGGAGCUGUCAAGCAGUUGCCCAGCUGUCAAAAGGUGAUUUCAAAAAAUCUUUUUGUAAUUGAAUUUAGGUAUCAAAAUAAAGUUUUAAAAAUCUGAAAAAAAUCAUACUGGCUUAUAAAAAGGUGCUCUUUCGAAUAAAAUCAAAAAAUCAA